AUGAGGUCUUUGCCACGCGGGAUGAAAAUGCCAAAAAAUGAGAAGACGAAAUUGACGAAGGCGUGCAUGGAGUACAUCAGGGGAGCGUUCGCCAAGCGCGAAACUCCUGAUCGGAAGCUCAAGAUCGCCAUAUGUGUGGUCGUCUCCAUCGCCAGUGAUCUAGCUGAAACAGAUGGGUUGACGAAAGCCAUCCGCGAUCGUUUCCGGGGCUUGGAUGACUAUGAUCAUCGCGCGAUGUCGGACGUUUUCAACCUCUCGAUUUUGAACGACAGGGCCCUGGCCCUUCUUGACAAAGUCAUGAUUUUGAAGAAGGAAAAUGUCCGGAGAGACAUUCAGCACGAGUUCCGUGUGGAAUAUGUUCUAAUUUAUUUCGGCAUACUGGAAAGCGCUCUGCGCCGCGGAGAGGCAUUGGACGACCUGGGGUACGUGACACACGCAACACCGUCGGACAUGAAGAAAGCUCGUGAAACUUUGGAAAAGCACGUGUCGUUGAUCGCCACGAGGUGUGGCCCGUGCUUCCAUCUCGAAGCUGCCAAGAACGCGCGCCCGAGAAUCAAUCUGUUCCCGGUAAACGGCACCCUUUCACAGGCGACAAUAGGGUGCGAGCACGCCGACUUCGACCAGGCCACGAUCAACACGCUGAAGAAUUGUUUCGUCGACGACACGAAGGAAAAGGACGAGUUCCUGGACAUCAUCUUCGCCAUAAUUUCUCAUGCACACAGGCAGCCCCUCGAGACCUAUGCGGGGAUCAAGACGGAGACGGUUGCGAUCUGCUUCAUGAAGACGAUACUCGAAGAGACGGAAGCUGAUGAUGUGAUGAAUGUCAUCAAACAGACGAUGCGCAUAAAGGUAGGAAAAGAGGGGUGUGGCGACGAAGUGGCUUCCCUGAAGGAAAAGCUUGCAGCCGCCAACGAAAUGUGCGAAGAUCAGAAGAAGCAGCUCGCCAAGGCCAAGAAAGAGAUGACGCGUAUCAAGGAAGAGCGCGACGAUGGAAAAGAGCGAGGCGGUGACGAAGCGGCUUCCCUGAGGAAAGAGAUUGCCGCCACCAACGAAAAGUGCGAAGAUCUGAAGAAGCAGGUCGCCAGGGCCACGAAAGAGACGAUGCGCAUCAAGAGAGCACGUGACGAUGGGAAAGAGCGGGGCGGAGACAAAGUGGCUUCCCUGCAGAAAGAGCUUGCAGCCGCCAACGAAAAGUACGAAGAUCAGAGGGAGCACACGUUGCGUCUCAGCACUCAAUGCAUCGACCUCAAGAAUCGGGUGGCUCAUGAGGUCGCGGAGGUUGAGGUAUGGAAAUCCAUUUCCAAAACGUCAGAAGAAGGCCAUCUCCGCAAAGAAGUUUCUGCUUUAAAAUACAGGUGGGAUGAGUCCAAACGUGAUGCGGAGAACCUCAGGCGAGUGGACGCCGAGCGUAAGGAUCACCUAGAUCGUGUCAUUGGAUUGAACGAGAGUCUGGAGAAGAAAGCUGCCGAUAAAGAACGACAGGCGAAACAGGCUUCGGAUUUUCUCAGAACUCAGCGAGGGUGGUACAAGAAUACUUCGGACGAGAAGGAAAAGCGAAUCAAGGAUCUACAACAAGAGCUGAACGAAAAGAACCAAGGCGUGAAGAGGGAUUUGAACGAACCCGAGAAGGAGUGCGAUGCCCAAAGCAAAGCGAAGAAGAAGACGAAGUGGAGCGAAUUGACGGACAGGGAAUAA